CACCUUCACAAUCUUCGGCGGAGACUCGCUCGCGUUCAUUCCCAUCAGAGGAGCUUCAUGGACGGACAGGAAUGGCCGGAUCACGGAGACGCUUUCACUUUUUCACGGCUCUGUGCGUGUUUGUGUGCUACAGCGCUUCGGUGAACGGAGCAAAGAGAGGAACCUCGGAUAAAUGCAGCUACAAGGGAACGCAGUUUUCCAGCGCCGACGAGAGCGGCCGCAAACUCGGAGUCACGUUUCGAUACGACAACUGCUCUCUGAACUGGAAUCCGCUGGGCAAACACGCCAUCCAUGAAGUGAACAACAUCACCUACAGUCAUUUGUCUUGUGACAGCCAGGCAGCCGUGGUGGUCCACUGGAUGGCCAGCCCUCUCGGUAUUGAACAUGUGAAAGGAUUCAGAGUGUAUCUGGAGGACAAGAAUCCCGAGGGAAAGCAGUGCCAGCACAUGAUCCUAAAGGAUCCGCGACAGCUUAACUUCUCUUACAAAACCGUUAGGAUGAGCUCACAGCCCUUCUCUGGUCUCACCUUUGAGACGGACUACAUGGUCAGAAUCGUGCCGUUUCCCACGUUCUUGAACGACAGCUUCUUUCCGCCAUCUUUUCUGCGCACUAACAGUUGUGAAGUGCUUCUUGGCCCAGAUAACCUCGUCUGCAAACCAUUCUGGAAGCCCAAGAUGCUGAAUGUUUCUCAGCUCGGAUCUAAUUUGCAUGUUGUGUUUGACCACGCCCCUUCCACGUUCGGCUUCACCAUCUACUACCUGUACUACAAGCUCAGACAGGAGGGGCCCUUCAGACUCAAACGCUGCAAACCUGAGCAAAAUGGCCCCAAAACUACAUGUGUUCUACAAGACGUCACUCCAGGAACUUACGCAAUAGAGCUUCGCGAUGACAACAACUCGACCAGAAAACAGACGCAGUACCACGUGAGCCAAGUGCAUUCUCCGUGGGCCGGACCGAUCCGCGCCAUGGCCAUCACCGUCCCGCUGGUCAUCAUGUCGGCCUUCGCCACUCUCUUCACCGUUAUGUGUCGCAAGAAACAGCAAGAGAACAUCUACUCCCACCUGGACGAGGAGAGCUCAGAGUCUUCAUCUCAGACCACGGCGCUGAGCGCAGACAGACCCUGGCCCAGACCCAAGAUCUUCAUCUGUUACUCCAGUAGAGACUGUCCCAAACACCUCGCCGUCAUCCAGAGCUUCGCCUUCUUCCUGCAGGACUUCUGCGGCUGUGAGGUGGCGCUGGAUCUCUGGCAGCACCUGGAGAUCUGUAAGGAGGGUCAGAUGUCCUGGCUGAGCCGGCGUAUCGACGAGGCUCACUUCAUCAUUACCGUCUGCUCCAAAGGCCUGAAGUAUUUCGUGGAGAAAAGACACCGUAAGGGCAAAGCCACGUCGAAGGAGAACAACCGAGAACCGACCGCAUCCGACUCCACCGGCAACAGAGACCUUUUCAUCGUUGCCACGGCGAUGAUCUCCGAAAAACUCAAAGAGGUGCAUCAAAAGUCCUCGGACCUCUCGCGCUUCAUGUCGGUGUACUUCGACUACUCUCACGAGAGCGACGUGCCCACUUCCCUCAGCCUGGCGCCCAAAUACAAACUAAUGGACCAGCUUCCCCUGCUCUUCGCCAGACUCCACUCUCGCCAGCUCAGCCUGACCGACCGCGAGCCGCAGCCACCGAAUGUCAGCAAACGCAACUACUUCCGCAGCAAAUCGGGCCGCUCGCUGUACGUGGCCAUCUGUAACAUGCACCAGCACAUCGAGCAGGAGCCCGACUGGUUCGAGAAGCAGCUCAUGCCGCCGCCGCCGCCAAAUAAACUCCUCCCUCCUCCAGAGAAGCUGGACUCGGGGCUCGUCCUGAACGAGGUGAAGCUCAAACACCCCUCGGAGAGCGACUGUCCCGUGAGGAGCAACGUCCUGAUCCUGCCGCCGACGCCAAAGCUGGAGCUUUCGCUGAGUUUGUCGCAGGAGGAUCUCGGGGAGGGUUCGUCCGGUCAGGAUGUGGGUUCGUCUCGGCCGGACGGAUCGGCCAGUCCGGUGGAGAUGCCCAGAGAUUCGGGGAUCUACGACUCGUUAUAA